AUGCACCUGACCCAGCACACGCAUAUCCACGCUGGGGAGAAGCAUUAUGAGUGCCUCGAGUGCGGGGAAGGCCUUCCACCACACACACCCCUGAGCCUGCAUCGCAGGACCCACACUGGAGAGAAGCCCUUUAAAUGCAGUGAGGGUGAGGAAGGUCUUCAGCCAGAGCUCACUGCUCAUGACUAUCAGGCCAACUCAUACCGGGAGAGAAAUUCUUCUGAAGCAAUGAGUGUGGAAGAAGCUGUCAGCCGGGCCAUACGCUUGCUGAGCACUGUGCACUUCACACUGGCAAGAAGCCUGUAUGACUGCAAUGGGUGUGGGGAAAGCAUUUACUUAGAGCUCACCCUCCUUGACCACCAGCAGAUCCACACUGCAGAGAAGGCCUAUGAGAGCAGUCUAUGUGGGAAGGCCUUCAGCCAGAGCUUGUCCCUUAGCCAGCCCCUGAGGACCAUGCAGGGAAGAAGUGACUUCCACACAGCAUGCAACUGA